AUGGAGGGUCUGAUGUUGCAUGGGUCUGUGACAGAGUGUGACAAUGCACAGCCGUGGCUGCACGGCCUCCAGCUCUGGGAGCUCGAUCCCAAGCAGAAGAGGGAUCAACAAGGGGUCCACACCAGACUCAUGCACCGCCCAGCCACAGGAAAUCGGCGGGGUGCCUAUCAGACUGGGAAUCAGCCAGGAAGCCGCUGCUACCAACGCUGGGCAGGAGCGCCCUCUCCCGGAGGGGGAAGGAACCUCCUCAUGAAAUGGGACUUCGAACCACUGACUUCCUCAUUUGCAGACUUCCCUUCCAGCUCCAGGUGCAAAAGAUUGCUCAGGACGUCUAAGCAGACCCGCGAUUCCCAAGCAGGUCUGUCGGUGCUCUGCAGGGGGAGAAAUAGGAGAGAGAAAGCUCUGUACUGGCUGGUUUUAGAUGUGGAGGGAAACAGAAUCCCUCAGGCAGGACCAGCACAGAUGGACCCCAACACGCUCUCCAUGGAACAGGGGAAGGAGUUCUUAAAGCAGUGUGGGAUCCCACAAAGAGAUGGAAACAGAGUCCCUCAGGCAGGACCAGCACAGAUGGACCCCAACACGCUCUCCAUGGAACAGGGGAAGGAGUUCUUAAAGCAGUGUGGGAUCCCACAAAGAGAUAUUGAUUUGAUGACAGAGAAAUGGGUUGUUCUCGCCUCUGUGGAGGUUCUUCUACGAUUUCCUCUGAAGUCAGGAGAGGAUCCAACCGCCCGCUGUGUCUCCAAUAAAAGAUGCCAGCCUUCCGUGGACCGGCCAUCCACAGUUUCACAAAGAUGUGGAUACCGAGAGGAGAGGAAACCCAACAGCCAAUUAAUGAAGAAGACUGAUCAGAAACUCAAGGACCUGCCGCAGACGGCAAGUGAUUCCAUCUGUCAUCAGGCUCAGAGGCCACCCACAGCCAAGAACCCACAGAAGCAGCAGAGGAAACCCGUGGGGCCAAGGGCUCCCCCAGCAGAUGAGGAGGAAUCCAGGGUGAAAUGCAAGAACUGUGGGGCCUUUGGGCACUCAGCCAGGAACACAACCUGCCCCAUGAAGAGGUGGAGUGGGGCCCUUCCUCUGCAGCCCCUGGGCUCACACAAGGAGAAGGAGAACCUGAAGACAGCAAAGCCUCAGCUACCCCAGGCUCCAGGGUCCUUUCUGAGGGAUGACAGAGAAAAGGAGCCAGGUUCAAGGCCCCAGCAGCAGAAGCAGAGCAAAGCUCCCACGCAGACACUUCCCAGGACGCCCCAAGAGAAAGUGCAGGGACGCUGGGAGGAGCCAGAGGAAGACUGUUGGUACCUGAGGCACCCUACCAUGCCACUGCCGGUGCACAUCACCAAGAAGAGAUCUGUCCAGGGCCCUGGGCCCACAGGUCCACCGCCUCCCAUCAAGACACCCGGGACGAGAUUACUCUGCCCUUCGGGUCACAACAAACAACCAGAACUGAGCAGCUGUGGACCCACCCAGGGACAUGGUGGGGACAUUACUGCCUUCCAGCUCCCUGCUCUGAAGAGCUCCCACCAGGUCUCCGGUCUCAGCGCCAGGCCACCAGCCAACAGGCCUGAAGCGUCCUCCCACAGUGCUCUCCAGCCUGCCAUGAAGGCAUUUGCCCUGGGUCCUGGCCUUAAAUCCCAGGCAGAAAUCAGGCCCGAUGCAAAUGCAAAACCCAGAUCACAGCAGGUCAGAAAAAAGUGUGGCCAAGAAACCAGAACCCAGGCAGCGGGCAAGAAGCGUGUCCAGGUCCCCAUCCAGACUUCCCAGAACCCCACAAAGAAAGCAAGACUCAGCUCCUUCCCGACCCCCGCACUGAGAACUCAGCUCCCUGAUGUGGGCGCUGUGCAGCCUCUCCAGCUUCCCUCCAUGGCAACUGGACUUGGACCCAAACAGGUACCCAAGGCCACCACAAAGACAGCAGCCACUAAGACAGCAACUGGACACCCCAGAGUCAACCUCCAGUCCCCUGAAGCCAGCUCACCUUUCCUGGGCCCAGCGCAGGGCUGCCCCGUCCUCCAGCCUGAGCCUCCCAUUCCUGUUCCAGGGAGGCCUGGCAGUGUCACCUUCAUGAGAGGGGGCCAGGGACAGGAGAAGUCCAGGUUCAGAACGCCCCCCACAUCCUGUCCUCCCGAGGACUGGACUUCUGGUCAGAGCCUUCACUUCUCAAGGGAGUCUGAGGGGCAGGGUCCCCAGGUCUCAAGGAGUGUCCUCUAUGAGGACCUUCGGGUCACUUCUUCCUCUGAGGACAGUGACAGUGACUGA